UGUGUAUAUAAUUAGUUUCAGCUGCUGUGUUUCCUUCUGUCUAGCCAGCUGCUGAUAACAGCGAGUCGUCUCCAUGGCUCCUAAACCGGUGUUCCUCUUCUUGUUGCUGUGGGACCUCACGUUACUUGUUCAUAUUGUCACGUCUUCGUGCAAUGUCACCUGCUCAACGGAUUACGAAGCUUCACUCAACUGUUCCUGCUCUGUGCCGACAUCUUCUGUCGUCAUCAGUGUCGUGUGCAGGCUUGAAGAAAAUGAAGUUCACAACAGCUGUGAAGUUAAACCGUCUCAGUCCUGGUGCGUGAUGUUUCCAGAGGAGUUUUUUAUGGUUACGUCAGUUGAUGCCAGAUGUAAUGCAACAGUCAGACAACAAAGUGAUCAAAUAUUGGAAGAAGCCAGUGAGUCAUCCAGUUGGGAACUAAGUCAUGUGGUGAAAGCAAAGCCUCCUGUCAAGGUUCAAGUGACAAACACUGAGGGAUUCUACAACAUCACUUGGGACCACAACAACCAAGAUAACUGUCUCACAUACAGGGUUCGCGUAAGAGAAAGCAAAGACUUGUCAAAGGAUCCAGCACAUUCUAUUCCAGUGGAUGAAAAAUACGUUUUGUUAGACCAUAAUAAGCUGCAACCACAUGUCAACUAUACUGUGGAUGUUCAGGCCAAAAUGUGUCCUGACUCUUACAUUGUUGGUCCUUGGAGCGAGUGGAGUUUCACUGCAGAAUGGAGGACCAGAGGAAGUUCUGCAGAGCCUGAAGGAAGGAAUGAACGUUUGUGGUACAUCAUCCUGCCCAUCGCUCUUGUUCUUGUUGUGGUCCUGUUGCUGGGUUAUUCAAAGAAACCGUGGUGGCAGAAAAAACUCCAGCAGAUGAUUUACAUCCCCAGGCCAGAUGAGUUCUUCAAGCCCUUGGACCUCAGCUAUGGAGGGAACUUUAAGGAGUGGGUGAAGCCUGUGUUCAGCGAGUAUGAUUACCUCAGGAUCAACCAGCACACUCAGACAAUAAGUGAGAAGCAGCAGGACGUCCUUCAGUGGAACAACGAAAAACAAAGCUACGGCGAGGACAAGGAGAUGAAACAAGGCGAUGAUUUCGUCCACAUGCUGCAGCCUCACAGCAACUCGCUGCUGUUCUUCCAGGACGGAGGCAGCUCACAGGGCACUGGUCACUCCACGGGACACGUCUCCAUCCACACCGUCACCCUGUCUGGAGAAGAAGAGUUCGAGGAGGAAGUUUCGUCAAACGGCUCUGGAAACAUCCUCAGAAGUUACCAAGACGGAGGAAGCUUUGGUUCAUUUGAGGAAGACAACAGAGAACACGAUGGCUAUGAUAUAGAUGAAGCUCAUAGGCGAAGUGGGAUAUUACCACAGCGUGAAAACCAAAUAUUUAAUGACUUAUCAGUGGAAAAUAUCAACUUUCAGCCACGUGCCCAGCCUCAUGAACCAGAGAGGGUGUCACUUGACUCGUUCGCCUCAAACUUACAGUCAGAAGACGGCUACCCUCACGUGGACCUGGACACUAUUGACAGUGGUUUUGGAGAGUGCAGCAGCCCUGCAGCCUCAGACUCAAACAAAGCAGAGCAGAUGGACUCUGAUUUAUUUCACGAGCAUGGAAGCUCGAACUCUAACUACGUCAAGCAGUGGAUGAUAUGUAGCUCCAUGCAAGAAAACUCAGAGAAUGAACUCCAAGAAACACAGCAGUGAUGGACGCUGAGUCACUGGCAGUGCUGUGAGACAUGUAUUUAAAUGAAGGAUAUUACUGUUGAUGUUUACAGAAAAUACACUGUGAUUAGAAGAAAAUAUCUACUCAGUAUACAAUCCUGUAUUUUCCGUUCAUCUUGAAAUAUUUAGUUUAACACUUUGUAUAAUGUAUAUAUCAAGGUUUUUCUUUACUAUUGUGUUUUUUGAUUUUUAAUGUAGUUCAAAGAGACGUGAGAGAUAUGGAUGGGAAGAGAGAAAAAGGGGGAUUUUUCUGCUAACAUAAUUAUAUUUUUCAGUGUAUUCAUUUGACUGUAAAGGGUAGAGCUGGGCAAAAAUCUGCUUUCCAAAUAUAGGUAAUUUCAUAUCUCCAUAGCCAUAUAUAUCAUGAUAUAGCAUGUUUUCCUGCUGAUUUGAAUUAUGUCUAUUACAACUGCAGCAAUUAUUCGAUUAGUGAAACAAAAAUAGAUUAUUAUAUUAAUUGUCGACUAUUUUGAUAAUCAAAUAAUUGGUUUGAGCAGUUUUUUUAAAGACAAUAAGUCCAAAUUCUCUGAUUUCAGCUUCUUCAAUGUAAAUAUUUCUGGUUUCUUUGUUCCUUUAUGACAAUAAACUGAAUAUCUCUUUGGUUUUUGGACAAAACAAGAGAUUUGAGGACGUCAUCUUGUGGUUUGGGAAACACUCAUUGAUAGUUUUCAACAUUUAAUUGACCAAACAACUAAUCGAUUUAUCGUUUAAAUAAUCGACAGAUUAAUCGAUAAUGAAAA